AUGACUUUCCUGAAUUGGAUAUUCUUUGCUUGUUUUUUCGGUUUAUCAUUGGCUCUUGAAACGCCGAUCCAAAACUGUAAUCCAAAUGAUUUUUCGGCAUUGAGGGAAUUUGCAGCCCAACUGCUAAAUGAUUCCAUCAAAUCAACUUGGUCAAAUGAAACCAAUUGCUGUCGAUGGAAUGGUGUUGUUUGCGAAGAUGGUGGCAAUAAGUCAGCCACAAGUAGAGUAACCGGAUUGAACUUGUCUGGAGAAGGCCUGAGGGGAAAAAUUUCAGAGUUUUUGGGAAAAUUGGAUGGAUUGAAAGUGCUUGAUCUUUCGCACAACUUUCUGGAAGGUAGAUUGCCUGUGAAUAUCUCUAAUUUGAAGCAGCUGGAAGUUCUUGAUUUAAGCCACAACAUGUUGUCUGGACCAGUACUGGGAUCUCUUGUGGGGUUGAAAAGGAUUCAAUCAGUCAACCUCUCGAGCAAUUCUUUCACUGGAAACUUUACUGAUCUUGGGGUGUUUCCGAGUCUUAUUGCGUUCAACAUAAGUAAGAACUUGUUUACUGGUGAAUUUGGCUCCAAAAUCUGCAGUUUCUCCCGCAGCAUUCUGGUUCUGGAUUUAUCAUCAAAUCAUUUUUACGGUGCACUUGAAGGCUUGGAGACUUGCAGCAGCACAUCGAUCCAGCAGUUCCAUGUGGAUUUCAAUUCUCUUUCGGGCCAACUUCCGGACUCCUUGUACUUGUUAUCCUCCCUGGAGCAGCUUUCAAUCUCAACCAAUAAUUUCUCUGGCCAGCUAAGCCAUAAACUCAGUAAGCUUUCCAACCUCAAAGCCUUCUUUCUAUGCGGGAACAGAUUUUCUGGUUCUUUUCCUAAUGUUUUUGGGAAUUUAACUCAACUAGAGCAGUUAGUUGCUCAUUCGAAUUCAUUCUCUGGACCACUGCCUUCAACUCUAGCACUCUGCACUAAAUUAAGAGUGCUUGAUUUGCGGAACAAUACUCUUUCUGGUGCAAUAGAUCUUGAUUUCACUGGAUUGCCUAAUCUCUAUAAUCUUGAUCUUGCAAGUAAUCGUUUUUCUAGUCCCUUGCCCAAAUCAUUAUCUGGUUGCCAGGAAUUAAAGAUUUUGAGUCUUGCCAAGAACAAUUUAACUGGCCAGAUCCCUGAAAGCUAUGCAAAUCUCACAUCUCUUACAUUUCUCUCACUGUCGAACAACAGCCUUGUAAACUUAUCUGGAGGGUUGUCUGUUUUGAAGCAUUGCAGAAAUCUUAGCAUUCUUAUUCUCACCAAGAAUUUCCAUGGGGAAGAAAUUCCCAAAAACAUGAGUGGGUUUGAGAGCUUAAUGCUUUUUGCACUUGGAAAUUGUGGCCUGAAUGGUCAAAUACCAGAUUGGUUGUGGAGUUGCACAAAAUUGCAAGUCCUUGACUUGUCCUGGAAUCAUUUGGAUGGCAGUAUCCCUUCCCAGAUUGGUCGGAUGGAUAAUUUGUUCUACCUAGAUUUUUCAAAUAAUUCACUAACAGGAGAAAUCCCGAAAGGUUUGACUGAGCUUAAGAGCCUUAUGUCUGCCAAUAGCUGUUCAUCCACUCUUAAUACUUCCACUGGCGUCCCACUUUUCGUAAAGAGAAAUCAGAGUGCCAGUGGUUUGCAGUACAAUCAAGCUUCAAGUUUCCCUCCAUCUAUAUUACUGAGCAAUAAUAAACUAAAUGGCUCAAUUUGGCCUGAAAUUGGACAUUUGAGACAGCUUCAUGUCUUGGACUUGAGCAGGAAUAAUAUAACUGGAACCAUACCCAACUCCAUUUCAAAUAUGACAAACCUGGAGACUUUGGAUUUGUCAUACAAUGAUAUUCAUGGAUCAAUUCCUUCAUCAUUUAAUCAGCUCACUUUCCUCUCGAAGUUCAGUGUUGCUAAUAAUCAUCUCGAAGGAGCAAUUCCAACAGGGGGCCAAUUCCUUAGCUUUCCCAGCUCAAGCUUUGAGGGUAAUCCUGGACUUUGUGGAAAAAUAAUUUCUCCUUGCACUGCCAGUAAUAUAGGGUUCCGAACAACUAGUCCACCUGCACGUAAGAAAUUUGGUUGGAGCAGCAUACUUGGAAUAACAAUCAGCAUUGGCGUUGGAAUUGCUUUACUCCUGGCCAUUCUUCUGCUUAGGACAUCGAGAAGAGAUGCUAGGGUACCAAUUGACGAUUUGGAUAAUGAAAUCAGCAGGCCACCGAGAUUAUCUGAUGCAUUUGGACCUUCUAAGCUGGUGCUCUUUAAGAAUGCAGACUGCAAGGAUCUUACAAUCGCGGACUUACUGAAGUCAACAAACAAUUUCAACCAAUCAAACAUUAUUGGCUGUGGAGGAUUUGGUCUGGUUUAUAAGGCGGACCUACCUAAUGGUUUGAAAGCUGCUAUCAAGAGGCUUUCUGGGGAUUGUGGGCAGAUGGAACGUGAAUUUCAAGCUGAAGUCGAAGCCCUUUCUAGAGCUCAGCACAAGAACCUUGUUUCUCUUCAAGGAUACUGUCGAUACGGAAAUGACAGGUUGUUAAUUUAUUCCUAUAUGGAAAAUGGAAGCUUGGAUUAUUGGUUACAUGAAAGAGUUGAUGGGAGUUCAUUCCUCAGGUGGGAUACCAGGUUGAAAAUAGCUGGGGGGGCAGCCCGUGGAUUAGCUUAUUUGCAUAAGGAGCCAAAUAUAAUCCAUCGAGACAUCAAAACCAGCAAUAUUCUUUUGGAUGAUAGAUUUGAAGCUCAUUUAGCUGAUUUCGGGCUCUCAAGAUUACUUUGUCCCUAUGAUACUCAUGUAACAACAGAUUUGGUUGGCACCUUGGGAUAUAUUCCGCCUGAAUACAGUCAGACAUUGACAGCGACAUUCAGAGGCGAUGUUUACAGUUUUGGAGUUGUUCUUCUCGAGCUUCUUACUGGAAGGCGACCUGUGGAAGUUUGCAAGGGAAAGAAUUGCAGGGAUUUGGUGGCAUGGGUGUUUCAGAAGAAGUCUGAGAAGAGGGAGGAGGAUAUAUUCGAUUCAUCAAUAGAUAGAGAUUGUGAAAAACAACUUAUGGAGCUGGUGAAGGCAGACACCGCGAUAUUCUCUGCCCUGAACUGGAACGAGGAUUCGAGGGAAGGUAGAAAUGGCAAAGAAGAAGGCGGUGAUGCAGUGGACGCCGCCAGGGGUGUGGUGGCGGAAAUGGCAAAAGAAGGGACUAUGAAAGCUAUCGAUACGGCGAACUAA